GCCGCCGCCAACGCCGGCGGCCGCAUCCACGUGCACCUGGCCGAGGAGGCGGGCGGCAAGGGGCAGCUCGGGGUCGAGGUGCUCGAGGCGCUGGCCGGGGACGAGCGGGGCCUCCUCAUCACGGCCGUGCGGGAGGGCGGCCUCGUGGCCGCGUGGAACCGGCAGCGUGCCGAGGGCCGCCUGGGUGUCGGCGACCGGAUCGUCGAGGUCAACGGGCGGACCAAGGACCUCACGUCGGUGCUGUCCCAGGCGCUCGCCGGGGGCGAGUCCGUCGACAUCGUGGCCAUGCCCGGGGCGGCAGUGCACCAGGGCGCGGGCGCCCCCCGCGAGCGAGGCCAGGCCACGGGCGUCCUGCCGGUGGCGGCUCGCAGCGCCCUGGGCGACGAGCUCUCGCCCUGCGCCUCGGACGAGACGCUGACGAAGCUGCCGGAGGCCGGCAGCGGCGGCGAGCCCACCGCGGAGGGCAUGCCGUCCUCCGACAGCGAUGGCAGCUGGGGCGCACCGCUCCCGCUGCCUGGCAGGGCGGGCAGCCGUUCCCACUCCCAGAGCACGACGCGCUGGCAGAGCGAACCUGGGCGGGGCGGGAGGGCCGACGGUGACCAGGCGCAGCUGUGCCAGACGGCGAGCUCCGAGUCGUCCGCGUGGCCCGUGAGGUCGAAGCGGCCUCACCUCUCGACAGGAUCGACGGUGCAGACAGUUCGACAGGGUCGCGAGGAUGGGCUCGUGGAGGAGAUGGUGCAGAGCCAGGACCUCGGUACCGCCAUGGGCCCCACCCUCAGCAUUGACUCCAUGGCGGUGGAAGACGAGGUGAGCGCGCCGCUGUGGCUCCGUAUCUGCGGCACCCUCCCCUGGAGCCAAGCAGCGGCCCUGCACACCUGCUAUCGGUCCCUCGUGCUCGCGUCGAUGGCGCUCAUCGUCUGCUUCCUCGUGUUCGCAGCGGUCUAUGCGCCAUCUGGGUCGUGCGAGCGCGAGGUGUGCCUGGGCUACGUUCAGAUCGCAGACCUGGCCCUGGCAGUCGGCAGCCUGGUCGGGCUGCUGUCGAUGCAGUCCCUGGCGUCCCUGGGCAUCCUCGGCAACUCGGAGUCCAUCCUCGUGGCCUACGCCCGCCGGCAGGAUAUCACCGCGGCCUGGUCAGCCGCCAUGAGGGGCCACAACGUGCGAUUGGGCCUCCUGUGGAUCUGCAGCGUGGUGUUACGCUGCGUCUCGCUGCUGAAUGGUUCGCGGCCCACGCUCCUGGACGCCGCCUCGACAGGAAGCUACGCAGUGGUAAGCCUGGUGUUCAUGGGCAUCGUGGGCGGCAUCCUCCAUGUGAGCUGCGCUCUCACCAUGGCCAUCGACUCCUACGUCACUCACUUUGACGGCUUGCACUUCAGGCUGGACACGAGCGUGUAUGAGUGGAACCUGUUGCAGGCCGUGCUUCGCAAGGUGUCGGGGGCCGUGGAGAAGACGUUCCUGGCGGUGCAGAGCACCGCGGCUGCGCUGGUCACGGGCGUGAUCCUGGCAGGUCGAGGUUUGUUGAUGGCGGGCAGCUUGGGAGACCUGACGUGGUUGUUCUCGGCGGCGCUCUUGGUCGUGGGUGUGAUGUUCAUCUUCUUCAAAGCCGCGGAGGCAUCGGAGAGGUGCAUGCGGAUGCCGUCCUUGAUCAACUCGCUAAACUUCGGGGAGUGCGUCGACACUCGGAGGCACUACCUGGUGGAGUUCAUGAGCUACAGCGCCGCAGGAUUCUAUGUGGGAGAGGUUCGCCUCACGACCGCGAUCGCGCUGAAGCUCACGUACUUCUGCUGCAUUCUUGCAUUCGCUGGUCUUAGCGAGCUGUACGCUGAGGACGCAGCUAGUUUCUAGGUGGUCACAGGAGAGCGAGUUGAGACAGCGGUAGUCGGCCGUCCGGAGGCCUGCUUGCCACUGCUGGACGCAGCUCGGAAGAUUGGAACCGAUUUUGAGCUGCCGUUGUCUCAACGCGCCCUUCUCCGAACGACGUGGCCAGUUUUUUUCGGAAAGAAGAGAGGGAGAGAGAGAGA